AUGUCUGUCGCUGAAUAUCUCCGAGAGUUUGUGACCGAGCGGCUCGCUGCUGCUACUGAAGACAUUUUGGGAGUUUUGAACAGAACUGUGGUCCAGUACGAGGAAGAGCUGGACCGUCAACGCAGACUGCUGGAUUUGGUUUGGAAACCUCACAUUCUCUUACACAGAAUCGGUAAGAAGAGCCAAGUUUAGACUGAAUAAUGAAGCAGAAGCUCGGUUUAGAUCAGGGCUGCCUCUCCUCUCGGUUUCCAUGUAUAAAUACUGUGAAUAAAGGCGGAGGAACAACCCUGUAUGAGUUCAACAAUAACUGUGCUGUGUUAAUGUGGUGCUAUUGUGUCAGUGGUUCUUAAUCUGCCGUUAACGAUCAGAGGAAUUUCAAGGAGUCCGGGGGACGCUCUCGGACGUUGACCCCGUCCUCUUUUGUUCCCGCGAGCUGUUAUAAUGACCCGGUACCAAAACUCAUCAUGUGGACAGAAAACAGGGGAAAGAAGGGGAAACCUAAGAAUAACAGACAUGUGUGUUGUUGGAAAAAAGGUGGUUUACUGUCAUCUUACGGGUUAGUUUUACGUCCAACUUAUUUGACUCCUACAGGAAGGCCUUAAGUGACUCCUGUACACAAAGCUGAGCCCUUUGAGUUCAUCACAUACCCCCCUGGGUGUCUUUUGUUUGUAUAGAUAUAAACCAGUUUGGCCUCUGUGAGCUCUAUUAAUGGAUACUAUGUUAACUAAUUGCCAUUUUGAUUCUCCUGCAGUACAAAAUGUUUAAAAGUGCCUGAUGGAUGUGCUUCCAAGAUGACGACAAAGUACCUUUUGAUUGAUUCUGACUUUAGUUUUGUGAUCUCUGGACUGCUGUAUUCUCAUAAAGUAAUAUUAGUCUUUUAAUACAUUUUAUAAUCUUGAUUUUACUCGUUCUCUUUAUGUUACAACUUAUCUUACUACUCUUUUCUCCAUUGUAUUAAAACUUAUUUUACAUUGUGUUGCUAAUUUUAUGUCAUUUAUCUUGCUAGAGUCUAUCAGUAUUGUACCUCAAUUCUUCAACAUUUUAACUGAAUUGUGUUUAAUAUUACAACUCUGUCCUUAAAAUAUUACAUCCUUCUUGUGAUUCCAAUUCUCUGUUUUCUGUUCCAUCUCAUUGACAUAUUUAUGCUUCUGUGUUCCUGCAGAUCUUCCACAACAACAUGACUGUGAGGAGGACGAGGUUGUCUCAGACCUGCAGCCCUGGAACCAGGAGAGGAACUCCAGUCCGGAACAAGAGGACCCAGAGCCUCUACAGAUUAAAGAGGAAGAGGAGGAAUUCUGCACCGGUCAGGACAGAGAGCAGCUUGAACCAAAGCAGGAGACCGGACACUUGAUGUUAACUCUAACCUGUCUGGAAGGUGAGAACACUGAACCAGAAGUAAAGAAGGAAGACCAGUUCCUGUCUCACAACUCUCAUGAGGCUGCAGACCAAGAUCCACAGAAAGACAAGCUCACAGAGUCAGAAUCAACUUCAAAAUCAGAACAACACCCCCCAUAAAAAAGUUAACAAACAAAGAAAGAUAAAAAUUCUAUUCUGAAAAUAAUUCUGAUUAAUAUGCAAAGGCUCUUGCAGACCAUGCAUCUCUCUUCAGCAUUCAGUGGGAGCAAUUUAACUGGACACCGAGAAAGCUUGUAAUCGAACUGAAUGGCUGCACUUGUUCGAGAUGCUCUCCAGAUAUGAUUUUGGCCUAAAAGCUUACAGUGGAUCAGAGCACUAUAUCAGUAACCUGUUUCAGCUCCUUUCAGUGGUGAUGUUCUACUAGAGAAGCCUACUUCAUAACUACUACAUAGCUGCAUAACAACUCAUACAUGAGAACUACGAGAACAAAUACAGGAGGAAGCUAGAGAUAAAACUCCAGCAAAACAACAUGAGGGAUGUAUGGAGUGUCAUGAGAACCAUCACUGGUUUUAAAAAUGCUGGUAGCAGUGGGUUAGAGGACUGUGUGGACCAGGCCAAUGAACUGAACCUGUUUUUCAACAGGUUUGACUCUGCGGCUGCUGCCUCUUUCCCACUUGACUCAGCUGCUCUCUGCCUACCUCCAAGUGCUUGAAGCGCCAAUUCCAAUUCUCUCUUUUCUGUCCCAUCUCAUUGACAUAUUUAUGCUUCUGUGUUCCUACAGAUCUUCCACAACAUGACUGCGAGAAGGACGAGGUUGUCUCAGACCUGCAGCCCUGGAAUCAGGAGAGGAACUCCAGUCCGGACCAAGAGGAUCCAGAGCCUCAACAGAUUAAAGAGGAAGAGGAGGAAUUCUGCACCAGUCAGGACAGAGAGCAGCUUGAACCAAAGCAGGAGACUGAACACUUGAUGUUAACUCUAACCUGUCAGGAAAGUGAGAACACUGAACCAGAAGUAAAGAAGGAAGACCAGUUCCUGUCUCACAACUCUCAUGAGGCUGCAAACCAAGACCCACAGAAAGACAAGCUCACAGAGUCAGAAUCAACUUCAAAAUCAGAACAACAUCCCCCAAAAAAGUUCACAAACGAAGAAGUAAGAAGACAAAACAGCCUAAGGUUCACUCUGAUCCUCAACAAGGUGAAAAGACUGACACAAAUAGGGAAACGUUUACCAGCAAUUCAAAUUUACAGACACAUCGAAGUGUUCCCUCAGGUAAGAAGCAUACUUGUGAGAGGUGUGGGAAGAUAUUCAAGUACAAGUAUUUGCUGA